AUGUCGGUCCUCCUUGAAACCAGCGCGGGCGACGUCGUGAUCGACCUGCUAGUCGACUACGCGCCCAAGAUGUGUGAAAACUUCCUUAAGCUUUGCAAAGUCAAAUACUACAACUUCUCUCCGAUCCACUCCGUUCAGAAGUCUUUCUCCUUCCAGACUGGAGACCCUCUCGGUCCAAUGGCUGCCCAGUCCGACGGUGGCACAUCGAUAUGGGGCCUGCUCUCCGACAAUGCGGUCGACCGGACCUUCACUGCCCUUUUCCACCCGAAGCUGAAACAUCUCGAGCGAGGCACCGUCAGCAUGGCGACAGCGCCCCACCCAUCCGACCCAGAUCAACGCCUGGCCGGUUCCCAAUUCAUCGUGACACUGGGGGACAACACAGAUUAUCUGAACGGCAAGGCCGCCAUAUUUGGGAAAGUGGUGGAGGGUUUCGACGUCUUGGAGAAGAUAAACGACGCCAUCAUCGACGAACGCGGGCAUCCCCUGGUCGACAUACGCAUCAAGCACACCGUAGUUCUCGAUGACCCCUACCCUGACCCUCCCGGGUUACGGGAACCCUCCAGCUCGCCGGCUCCAACGAAAGCACAACUUGCGACGGUGCGCAUCGCCGAGGACGAGGAACUACUGGACGAGGAGGCCAAUGAGGAAGCAGCUGCCGAAGCCGAGAAGAGGAGGAAAGAACGCGAAGCCGCCGCCCAGGCACUGACACUCGAAAUGAUGGGCGACCUGCCUUUCGCUGAGGUCAAACCCCCGGAAAACGUCCUCUUCGUUUGCAAACUGAACCCGGUCACGACGGACGACGACCUGGAGCUGAUUUUUAGUCGCUUCGGCAAGAUCCUAAGCUGCGAAGUGAUUCGGGACCAGAAAACGGGAGAUAGCUUACAGUAUGCAUUUAUUGAGUUUGAGGAUCAGAAGAGCUGCGAGGAUGCGUAUUCCAAGAUGGACUCCGUCCUGAUUGACGACCGCCGAAUCCACGUCGACUUCAGCCAGAGCGUGAGUCGCCUGAGCGAGGUCUGGCGCAACGACACAAACACAAAGCGGAAGAGCGCCGCGCGAAGAGGCGGUGGCGGCUGGGGUGGCGUCAAGGAAUUGGAAAAACGCCGGCAAUACCGGAACCAGGACGUCGAGCCCGAAGACGACAGGGGCUACCGAAUGGUCCACGGGAUGGAGGACAUUCGCGGCCGUCAUGGGAGGGAUGAAGAUAUCCCUAGAGGCGGGCCGAGCAAGGAGGCUACUGAUCGAGGUGAGGGAGCCAACCGGCGGGCGGAGCGUUCCCCAGAACGGUACGGCGAUGAGUAUAGGCCUGGACCUGUUGACAGGAAACGUGAUACGGAACGGCGCAGCCGCAGCCCCAGGAGAGAUCGCUACAGGGAUCACGGCCAUGACCGACCGGCGCCUGCUGGGCGACGCAGGGACGAUAGGGAAUGGUCCCGCCGAGAUCGACGAGACCCCGAUCGUGAUCGAGGCAGCGGGAAGGACAGGGACAGGUACCGAGGGCGUGAUGAUUACGGGGGCAGAUGA